AUGCUUCGACCUCGCCUGCUACGUUCAUGUCAGGAUUUACCACGUGGACAAGGCUGCGCACGGUGCAUCCGAGAUCGCUCAACCGCACCGCCCUCAGCGCCCACAGUCUUGUCCAGGCGCGCAGCUCGCCCUUCGAGGCCACCCACCUCGUUGCCCCUGUUUGCUCGACAUGCUUCCACCUCGACUGCGGGACGAAGAUCGACAGCAACCAACGGCUCUGCAAGGGGCAAGAUCCUGUACUUGCUGGUUGGUGCAGGCAUAGCUUCCGCUGCGGUGUACAGCAAGACUUCCCAGCCUUCACGCGCACAAAGACGCAACAUCAUCGCCCCCGACACGUUCCAAGAGUUCCGAGUGACGCAAAAGAAGAUCGCCAGUAGCACGCUGCUGGAAGAGGGGGGGCAUGGAGAGCAUGUCAUCUUGAAUGUGGAUGUUGGAGUGAGCCUGAAUGAGGAUCAGCAAGGCGGUCAGUGUGGUAAAGAGGCGAUGUGCAUCCAUACUCUCCAUUUGGCCUCUCCCGCACUAUCCAUCCAACGACCCUACACUCCUCUCUAUUCGCCCUUUGUCGUGUCGGAUGACGCGUCAGCAUCAGCAUCAGCAUCAAUAAAGGCACCCAAGAGUGCGCUGAGGAAGGUACAAUUGAUGAUAAAAAAGUACAACGAUGGAGAAGUGGGAAGGUUUGCUCAUUCUUUGGCGAGCGGAGAUCAGGUCUUGCUCAGAGGAUUCGACAAGAGCUGGCAAGGAGAUGGAACGGAGAUGGAACUGAUCCUCGUGCGUGUAGCUUUUGUUGCGCUAUCGCUGGCCGACGUGUGCAGCGGGACUUUUUGAGUCAAGCGUUGGCUCAUCAGUCUUUACCUCGGCCCCCCUGCUCCUCUGCGACCAGAUCGCAGGAGGGACAGGCAUCACGCCAAUGCACCAACUCGUCAGCUCCCUUUUCGGCUCGAAUGCAAGCUCAAACUCAGCAGCGACCACGACGAAGCCGAAAAUCACGCUGCUCUACAGCGCGCAUCAAAUCUCUGCCCUCUGCCUCCUACCCGAACUAGAAGAUCUGCGUCGACGAGCAGGCGCAGAGAGGCUGCACAUCGAAUUGUUCGUGGAUCAGCACUCGCAAUCGAAGAGUUUGUACGAGAGAGUAUUUGGACGUCGGACGAAGGAGGUGCGUGGGAUGAAGUUGAACGGCAACAGGGUGGGGAUGAAAGAUCUCGAGAGGAUUGCAAAGCAAAGGAAUGCGCACACGCAUUGCAAGGUAUUGAUAGCGGGACCGGACGGGUGAGUCAAGAGUCGGAAUUGGCCUGGCAUCAUCGCCAAAACGUCGUUGACGAGCGACCGCGCUGCGCUGCGCUAUGCUACCCUCUUGCCAUUUGGUCGUCCAGCAUGGUGGAAGCUAUAGCGGGACCUAAAGCGAGGGAUGGCAAGUCUCAAGGAGAGUUGGGAGGUCAUUUGAGCCAUCUCGGAUGGAAGAAGGAGCAAGUGUGGAAAUUGUGA